UGAUAAUUUAUGUGGGUGGGACUAUACCGUGUUAUAUUCUCUCUCUUGAAUAUUUUAUGAAGCUUGAGGAAGAGAUGCUUACGCUACUCUGCGUUAAAAUCAACUAUGAGUGCGAUCUUUAUUGUUUUUAAUCUCCCUUUCUUCCUCAUCGACCCAAUCUAUGCACCAGUGUAAUCUGAACCGUCAUGAUGAAUGUAGAAAUUGUAAUAGAUAGGAGUUUUGACUGUAAAAAUUGAGAAUGUAGUUAUCAAGAACCAGCCAUUCCAAUAGUACCAGUUGAAUUGUGGGAUUAUUUCAAUCUAACACCGCGUAAAUCAGAAUGUUUGGUGUUCAUUUCUAUGAUUUCAUUUCAGUGACUGCUCAAGGUUGGUUUUUGUAUUUCUGGCAAGAUGCGCUGAUAACUUACUGUGUGAGAGGAUAGGAUAAGAUAAGAUCUCGAUAUUUGAAUAGAAGAAACUAAUCUUUUCAGGUGUGUUGUAAAAUUUUGAAGUAGCGCAUAUUGUCCACUAUAGCCGUCAAAAGUAUCCAUCCAAUAUCAUUUUUAGCAAUGCACUUGCGAUGGAAACUAUGUUGCUUUUUGGGAAAGAAAUUUUUAUCACGACACACAAAAAAACAGAGACAAGGGUGGUGGUUAACUGAUGAUGCCCCACCAAAUUGCUGACAUAAGGAUAAAUUGUAAUGACAGGCCGUUUUCUAAUUUCUUAGUUAAUUAAGCAAGUGGCUUAAAGGUCUUCCAUCAUGGUCAUAUUCUAUUGUCAUAUAUCGUAAAUAUAUAUCCGCAAGUUUGCCAUAAUCAAGCAUAAAGACUCCUUCACAGUUUUCAAAGGCGUCUGUCUAGAUCAAGUAUCAGCAAUUUCUGCAGCAUAGUUUUCUGUUAUUUGCUGACUCUAUUGUACAUCAAACCUCAAGAAUCUGUUGAAAUCAUGAAGCAAAGGGAAGGCAAAAGUAUAGCUGAUGGAAAAAAGUCAAAGAAGAUCGCUCCAGCACCUCCACCACCACCACCAACGUCCAGGUUUCUUCUUGGCAGGAAAGUGACAACACCAAGCCAUACCAAACAGGAGAUUGCUAAGUAUUGGAAGCAGAAGCGCAAGACUGAAGAAGACCACUUCCUUGAUGCCAUCAAGGCUGCAGCCAGAAUCAGGGCGCGCAAUCUCUCGGCGGAGGAAUACAAAUACUUUGUGUAUUCCUUGAAGGUGGAUAAUGAUGACAUGGAGAACGAAAUGGUACCUAAGAACAUCUCCGAAAUCAAUGAGAACAUGAAGGAGAAGAGAGUUGGUAUAAAGGACUGGUGGACAAAGAGCAAAUAUGCAUAUCUAAACCAGCCUGCACUGAAGUCCAUGGAACGCCACGGUUCCACUUAUAUUCCGCAACUAUAUUGCUACAAGGCUCCACCUCCACCAGUCACAAGCACCUUUGGGAUCUUCUAGCCAAUUCAUGACGCCGUUCAAGGCUUCACACACACAAGUCAUGUUUCAUGUAUGUUUGUAUAUUGUGCUUGUAUAUAUAUCAUUGUUUGCUCAAGUGUGUGAUCCUCAAAGGAAGUAUGAUCAUUGAAGUUAUUGUAUUGGGGUUGUGAACUACUCUGCUGCACCUGUGGUAGAAAUUACUGUUAAUAAAUAAUGGUUCUAUUAUUGUAGAUACUCCAUCUAUUUCAGCUUUCAAUUCAUCAA